CUUGUUUCUUCCGGGAGCUGUCACAGCUGCACUCAUGAACCUCCAGCACAACGCUGAAGGAAGGACUAAACAACCUUGCUUAUUAGUAUAAUAGCGAUUAAUCAUUAAUUCACAACCUGCUGUUUUGUUUUAUCUGUUUGCAUAAACCCAAAUGCCCAUAUAUCGUUUCAUGGAAACACCCUGCAAAUGGACAUUGGGACUAUGGAAAGACGUGAUUCCUGACCACAGCUCCAGAAUGUUCAGACGAUGUUGGAGGAAGUUGUGGCAUCCAGGGAGGCCCUAUACUGGCUCAGUGCCUUCAAGCCCUGAUUCUGAGUUCAGAAAUUCAGAGAUGUCAACCCAAAGCGAGAGACCCUUACACACACCAGUCAUGGUGAAGGAAGUGUUGCAGUUUCUGGACAUCAAACCCGGGCAGGUUGUCCUGGACUUGACCUUUGGGGCCGGAGGUCACUCGAAGGCCAUCCUGCAGUCAGUUCCUGGUGUAACGGUGGUGGCAGCAGAUCGUGACCCCACAGCUUUCCAAAUGGCUCAGCAUUUAGCUGAAGAAUACCCGGGCCAGGUGAAGCCAGUACUAGGGAGGUUCAGUGAGCUGAAUAACCUGCUCCCAGUGUUGGGUUUGGGUCCAGGAAAUGUGGAUGCUGCUCUUCUGGAUGCUGGUUGCUCCUCCAUGCAGAUGGAUUCAGCAGAAAGGGGCUUCUCCCUCAGCAAGGAUGGACCGCUAGACAUGAGGAUGGAUGGAAACAGGUACCCCGACAUGCCCUGCGCGGCUGACGUGGUCAACGCCUUAGAUCAACAGGCGCUUGCGUCCGUGCUGGCCGUGUACGGGGAGGAGCGGCACACCAGGAAAAUUGCGGCGGCCAUCGCACAGGCACGCAGCGUCUACCCCAUCGGCCGGACCCUGCAACUGGCCAGCAUCGUAGCAGGAGCAUUUCCAGCAAGUGCGCUGUACGCCCGGCGUGACCGCCUGCAGCGGCCUUCACACGUUGCCACCAAAACUUUCCAGGCCUUACGGAUAUUUGUAAACAACGAGCUCAACGAGUUGCACGCUGGCCUGAAUGUGGCACAAACUCUGCUCCGUCCCAAGGGGCGACUCUGUGUUCUCACCUUCCAUUCCUUGGAGGACCGGCUGACCAAGCGUUUCCUCCGUGGAGAGGACCUGGCUGCCCCACCGCGCCGCAGCAUUCGCCAGCGAGCCAAAGCCCAGCAUGGAUUAGAAAAAGAGGAGCACGAGGAGGAGGAGGAAGAAAACGAAGAAGGGGAGAGGGGACGAGAGAGCGCACAUUGGGUCAGUCUGAAGAAAGUGAUAAAGCCAACUGAGGAGGAGGUGCAGGAGAACCCAAGAGCUCGAUCAGCUAAACUCAGAACAGCAGUAAGACGAUAGACGAUGGUGAAAAAUCAACCACAGUAACUGAAACUGAUGCUUUUUACUAGAUUGCUAAUUUAACUUUUCAUGUAGUUUCAGAAAAAUAAACAAUAGCACUCCAGAAUUUGUUGUUGUAAUUUGUUGUUGAAAAUGUUAUUGGCGUGGGCAUAAAUUCUGGAUGGAUUACAUGUACUCCAUGUUCAUUUCAUGAACACUUUGCAUAUCUGGCUGAGGGUAGGUAUAAUAUUUUUUUAUUUUUCAUUUAUUUUCCAUGUUUUGUUCUAUUUUGUUUUCAGUUUGUUUUUUUCAGUUUUUACUCUAUAAUUGUUAGUUUUUGUUUAAAUGUAUUUAAUUAUUUAGUUUACUGGAUUAGGGCUGCCAAAGUUAAAUUGCUAACUGGUAUUAUUUAAAAUUAUUUAACGGCGUAAAAUUUCCCAGCACAGUGUAGUGUUAUUGCUAUCUAGUGACAUUUUAAUGGAUAAUACAGAUGGGUUGUAAAGGUUUCAAGUUUUAUAAUAUAAACACUAAAACCAAAAUGAAAGUCAGCACUAAAUGAAAAUUCACAUCUAUCUUCUAAUCUAUCUGUCUGCAUGCUGUUCAUCCUAUUGUGAACAUGCGCAUUUCAUGUAUUAACUUUUCUUUUAAAUUCUUAAUCAAACUGUUGUAACUCAAACUUCCAGUGAAAUGUCUCUGGUGACUUAUGCUGGACUUCUCCAAUCAUUUAGUCCACUUAAAUCAAACCCCUUUCUUACAGUCAAAAGCUUUCAGAGCUCUGUCUCCAUCCAGUCAACAACUGAUGAACUAAACCAAGUCCAAUAAUUAGUCUCACUUGUACCUGUAUGUGUAUCACAAAUGGAAAAAAAAAAUAGCUGUUGCUACUUGCUUUUCAUCACAACUUGAGGCCAUUUUUAUUUUAUUAUAGUUAUCAUUAAAGCUAACUGUAUGGAGGCACUCAAAGUUGCAUCCAUCUCAUACCUGCUGAGCCGCCACUUCCCAUUGGACCAAUAAAUAAUAGACCUUACAACA